AUGACAGACGGCGUCAAGCCAUUGCAACCACAGCAAAGUUCAAAUGCGACCUCCUCAAGCUCCCUUUCUACCCCUCCACCUCCACAUACUCAAGAUGUUGAACAUGGAGUGAGCGAGACUAGCCCUUUGUAUCACAGAAACCUCACUGACUUCGUCGCUCCACAGAAGAUCACAUCCAUCAGCAUCGUCUUCUCGACCAUAGUUAUAUUUACUAUCUGUACGAUCGUCCUCACUCUCUUCCUCCACGGCCUCUACGAAAAGAAGAAACACCAACUCAUACGCGAGGGCCUCGUAUGGACCAAUCUUAGUCCAUCAAGCCAAUGUCUCCGAUACAACACUCAAGAAUACGCUGCCGAGCUGGCCGGCGUACCAAUUGAUGGAAACAUGAGGCAGUGGUGUGAGGAGAAGCAGAUCACCAUUCAUGGAAUAGAGUUCAAAACACCGGCAUAUUGUACUAUUGACGUGGAUAAAUCGGCAGCUACUGUCAGGGUUUAUGGCCAUUGGGCAGUCGACUCAGAUGAAACAAGUUGCAAGACGCUGUGGGAGGAUUUCAGGGAUAAAGGUUGUGUAUUCAAAGGAUUCCGCUGUAUCGAGGCUCGUAUGGGAAACUACCAACUACCAUGGGAUAAUUGGCGGGAGAUGUGCUUUAUGACUCUGGCAGAUUAUGAUGGGCAUCAUUUCGAUCACCUGGAUAGUUGUGAAUUUGGUAUUUUCACUCUUGCGUGGGGCGUCUGCCCAAAAAUGAGAAGGACGAUGGAAAUGUUGAGCGAUGAUAAGGUGGCAGCAAUUGGAAAAGAAGUUAUAGCUAAAUUGGCCCGUAUACCCAAUAAGUAG